CUCACUCGAAACUUGAAUAGUACCGUACGACGUGCGCAGUGCGGAAAAGCGGUGGCUUUUUUUUUAUCCGUUAUAGAUCGCUACUCUAUACAUUUUUUGUUGUUGUUGUUUCUUUUUCUGUGUGUGUGCUAAAAUAUUUCUGUGGAUGACAGCGGCUGCGGCCCGUUAAUAUGUAUUUUAGUGCGGUGUCUUAGAUCGCAAGAAGAGACCGUUUUCCGCUGCAGCCCCCAAAAGGGUGGAAGACGGAACAGACCGACAGAGAGAGAUAUAGAUAAAAGCGUUCUCAGUUGUGAACGGAAAACGAAAGUGCUAAAAGAAAAAAACAAAACAAAAUCCCAAGAAUAGAGGAGAAUUCGCGGAUCGAAAACCAAAGAUAUUAUCCUCAAAAAAUACAAAUGUCUGGAACGUCUACGAUGCUCUUGCUGAUUCUUGGCACUCUUUUGCUGGUCGUGUGUGAUGUUGAAGCCGGGGGUCGACCACUGUACGGCCGAUUGCCCAUCGCCGCCUACUCCGGAUCCUGGCCCGCCUGGAAUAGUGCCGCCGCCGCCCCCGCCAGCCUGAUCACUGAGACGUCGGGAGAGAAUAUCUGCAAUCAUUGUCACUGCCUAGGGAAAAUGGUCACAUGCGAUUUUAAGCAAAAUCGAACGCUGUCCCCCAAAUGGGACUCCAAAUACUUCGUGCCAGUGGCCAUAACCGCCAUGAGAAUAAGCCUGGCCGGCAGGACACAAUUUGAGCUGCACAACGAGUUCUUUCGCGGCAAUCGCGUAAAUUUCUUUGACAUCGUGGGCCAAGGGAGCGCGCAUAGCGAUCAGGUGGAGCUCACAAAGAACGCAUUUCAGAACAACCUUGGUGGAUAUCCGGACAUACAAGUGCGGAAUGUUCAGCGCGUCUUUAUACGCGAAGGCGCCUUCUCAGGUGGAGAAUUCAAGCUGCUGGUGGAGAACAGCCAUGAUGUGGUGCUAUUUCCGCGUGCCUUCCAGAACAUGAACAUCUCGUGCAGCUUUCGGCAUGUGGAGAAUCUCGAGAUGAAGGAGGAGACCUUCUAUCCCAACUCGGAUAGCAGUGCCAAGUCGCUGGUGAAUCUGCGCAUCGAGGACACGAAAAUCGAACAGAUUGGCAGCUUUGAUGUCUCAAUGCUUAAGGUGAGCUUUGUGAAGGCAACGAUCGACAGGAUCCAAACGAAUGCAUUCGAUGUGACCGAAAUCAAGGAGCUCUCCUUCGAGGACUGCCACAUUGGCACGAUCGAGGCGCGGGCACUCACCAGCAAGCUCCGGAGUGAUCAUGUCUCCUUCAAGGGCACCACCAUCGGCAUGAUUGACAGCGAAGCAAUCAUCGACUGCGGCAUCUCUCGACUGACGCUCAAAAAUAACACCAUCAUGAAAAUCAAAUCGAAUGCCAUGCAAAUCUUCAGCGUGUUCGUUUUCAUACAGGACAACACGGUGAAGCAUACGGAGCACAACUGGCUGCGCGUGAAGGAUGGCGAGCAUAUUGUGAUCGAGAACAAUAGCUUUGGGCAGUUCAAUCAGUUCGGCUUGGAGCUGGCCAAGCUGUCGAAGCCCUUCAACUGCACAUUUGCCAACAAUCGACUGGAGGACCCGGAGCAGAAUAGCCUGAACUUCAGCAACUGCGAGGUGCAUCGCAUCACGGUGGGGCAUGACUGCAGCUGCGACAGCGAGUGGAUGCACCGCCUCACCGAUCACGAUCUCGAUUCGGAGAUCAUUUGUCCCCUGGUGGCCACGGAUCGGGGCUGCUUCAAUGCCAGCAGCGUCAACAGGCGGCGCUUUGUGCACGAAGCCUGCGGCGGUGGCCAUCACAAUGUGUCGCGGCACUGCACCAAUGGCCAGUGGUCGACACGAACCGCCAGCGAUCUGCUGGGCAGUGGCGGUAGCCUAACCAUCGGCCAGAUUGCCAUGUACAUCGUGGGAUUCAUUGUCGCUGUGAGUCUGGCAUCCCUCAUCGUUCUGGGCCUCACCGCCGCGUGCAAGAGGGGACGAAGCGGCAACAGUUCGGCCGCUGGCUCUGGGGACUCGGACCUCUGCAGCUUCACGGAUGAUGCCCGGCGCACCAUGCUGAAGCAAACAGAGUCGCUGCGCGACGGAGACAGCACCCGCAAGAGCAUUCGUAAGCUGAUGAGCGGAAAGUUGAGCCGCAUCGAGUGCAAGAAUCAGGUCAUUGACACCAUCAAGGAGAUGCCCAAUGGCUCGUCGAUUAUUAAGGAUUUGCUCACGCAGCAUCUGUUGGACUGCCAUGACCCCAGCGGCAGUGGCAGCAGCAACAGCCACAGCAACAGCCACAGCAACAGCAACGGGCCAGCAUCUCAGGGUGGGGGAGACUACUAUGCCACAUCGACAAUGCCACACGACAGUCCGAGUGCAUCGGCGGCACCCAGUGCCCCCAACUACGAGGAGCCCAUCUACGAAGAGCCGCAACAGCCGCUGCUCACCAGCGAAUAUUCAUCGCCAUCGGAUCCGAUGACCGAGACGCCCGUCUACUCGGAGCCCAUCAACUCCACAGCCCCGCCGAGCUCCAAUGCGAUCAACGAUAUACCACCGGCCUAUCAGUAUGCCCUGCCCAUGCGGCACCUGGGCCCCCCUCAGUUGCCGUCCACCAGAGGUCAGCUGCCGCCAGCUCCACCAUCGCAGCAGCAUGUCAGCUAUGCCACGCCCGUGUGGCGUGCCACAGCCAGUGCCACGCCCAACAGCAGGCCACCAACAGGAGGAGCAGGUGGAGCAGGAAGAGCAGAUAUCACCCCACAGCGGCAUGUGCGGGAUCUGCGACAGGAUCUCGAGGCGAUGCCACAAUUCCAUCCAAAUCAGCUGACUUCAGCACGCCACCAAAGACAGUUCCACCACCCCCAAACACAGCCACAACCCCAGUCACAGUCACAGCCUCAGGUACAGCCCCCGCCAUACAGUCAGCGGAUGGGGGCGGCGGCGGCAGGGACAGGGAGUAGGGGCAGGGUGAGAAGCUUCGAGUGCCUGGAUGGUGCCGCCAGUUUGGCGGCCAUGGAGCAUAUGGACUCGGGCUCCGAUCAUUCGGGGGGCAGCGACGAGACGGUACAGAUUGGCGAUGUGAUCGACUAUGCGGAUGCCUAAGAGACAUGCCGCAUGACACGCCCCCACACACACACAGCCUGCCACGCACA